AUGCCGAAAGCAAACCUAGAUGCGCGACAACAUAGAUUACAUCUUACAGAGAUUAAUCUUCAUGCUCAAGUUACCGGCCAUCCAAAUAUCAUUAGCCUAGAAAAGAUUAUUGAUACCACAGAUUCUUUAAAUGUUGUCCUUGAAUAUUCUGAUGAAGGAGAUUUAUUCUCAAUGAUUACCGAAAAAGGGUUAUAUAUUGGAAAUGAUGAUCUUAUAAAACAAGUUUUUGUGCAAAUACUGGAUGCAGUCCAGUUUUCACAUUAUCAUGGCAUUUAUCAUCGUGAUUUAAAACCAGAAAAUAUUCUUGUUUUUGACGAUGGAAUGACCGUUAAACUUGCGGAUUUUGGUUUAGCAACAACAGAUACUUGGUCAAAAGACUUUUGUUGUGGGUCAACUUUUUAUAUGAGCCCAGGUGGGCUUUAUGAACAAGUAUCGGGUUAUGCGACAGCACCCAAUGAUGUCUGGUCAUUGGGCAUUAUUCUCAUUAAUCUUGCUUGUGGUCGUAAUCCAUGGAAACAAGCCUCUCUUAGUGACGAAACAUUUUCAGCAUAUGUCCAAAAUCCAGAGUUUUUAAAGACUAUACUUCCAAUUUCUGAUGAGCUUAACGAAAUUUUAAAAGACGUUUUUGCCCUCGAUCCUGAGAAGCGCAUAACGUUAAGUGAAUUUAAAGAACGUGUAUUGGAAUGUCAUAGUUUCAUCAUGCCAGAAUUUGCUACGUUCUGUGAAAUGCUCGUUGAACAAGAAAUUGAUGUACCUCCAACAAUUUCCCAUAACAUGUGCAGUCAGUCUUCAACGUCUUCUGCAUGCUCGUGGUAUUCCAUGAAUUCGGAAAUGGAUUUUUCUAUUCCUCCAGCAGAAUUUUUGGAUGACUAUGAUCGUUGUUCUGUUUCAACAAGUUCCACCUUUAUAUCAACAUUAGCAUCCAUUUGA